CAUCCCCAAAAUUCUCAAUAUCCAGUACCGCGGGUCGCGCUCGUGUCGCACCAACCAAGCGGCACACGCGCACGCCGCCGCUUCGCACGAUGGCGACGCGGCAGGCCUUCCGGCACCUGGCGCGGCGGAUGCUGAGCAACGUCCCGGAGUCGACCGUCUACGGCGGGCCGCGCCCGCAGGAGGCGGCGGGGGCGCGGCGCGUGACGGUGACGACCCUCCGCGGGAAGCACCGCCGCGGGGAGCCCAUCACCGUCGUCACCGCCUACGACUACCCCUCCGCCGUCCACGUCGACUCCGCGGGGAUCGACGUCUGCCUCGUCGGCGACUCCGCCGCCAUGGUCGUCCACGGCCACGACACCACGCUCCCCAUCUCGCUCGACGUCAUGCUCGAGCACUGCCGCGCCGUGGCGCGGGGCGCGUCGCGCCCGCUCCUCGUCGGCGACCUCCCCUUCGGAUGCUAUGAGUCAUCUUCCACGCAGGCUGUUGACUCUGCGGUGAGGGUGUUAAAAGAAGGUGGAAUGGAUGCGAUCAAGUUGGAAGGAGGAGCUCCGUCCAGAAUCAGUGCAGCCAAGGCUAUCGUGGAGGCCGGAAUUGCUGUUAUGGGGCACGUUGGCCUCACGCCGCAGGCUAUCAGUGUGCUUGGUGGGUUUCGGCCACAGGGGAAGACAGUCGAUAGUGCUAUAAAGGUUGUAGAGACAGCACUUGCCUUGCAGGAGGCUGGCUGCUUCUCAGUUGUGUUGGAGUGUGUGCCAGCUCCGGUGGCAGCUGCUGCUACAUCAGCAUUGAAAAUCCCAACGAUUGGCAUCGGUGCUGGACCAUUCUGCAGUGGGCAGGUCUUAGUGUAUCAUGACUUGCUAGGGAUGAUGCAACAUCCACAUCACGCCAAGGUCACGCCAAAAUUCUGCAAACAAUUUGGCAAUGUCGGGAGUGUAAUUAACAAGGCACUCUCUGACUACAAGCAAGAAGUUGAAACACGGUCGUUCCCUGGCCCCAGUCACACCCCGUAUAAAAUCACUGCAACAGAUGUUGAUGGCUUCGCGAAUGCGCUACAGAAGAUGGGUUUGGGUGAGGCUGCUGAUGCUGCAGCGGCUGCCGCUGAGAACUCGGAAAACGAAGGGAAACCGAGUGAAAACAGUUGAUAUCUACGGUGCCUAGCUAAAUCUAGAGUACAAGCACUCCUUGGCACAACGGCGUCCUGCCUCGGUGCAAUCCUGCCAAGACUGCAGGGGCAAACUGAAAACUGAAAGCCAAAUGUUUCUGACAUCUUGAGGCUAUUGCAUGUAUCCUCUGCAUUUGAAUGAAUAAAUAAAUAGCUUCGGUUUAGUGGCGUACAAGCACUGCCUAGCACAAUGUAGUUCUGAAAACUGAAAGCCAGCUUUUGAUAAAUGCAUCCGGUGUCUCAACUCAGGCAGUGGCAUGUAUCCUCUGCCUUUGAAUAAAUAGCUGUCUGCCUUUGAAUAAA